UCGUGCGGCGGCACCCAGGCGGGCGGGCUCUCGUAGGGCGGCAGGAACACCACCGGGAAGUCGUCGUAGGGCAGCCGGGCCUCCAUGGCUCCCUUCUCCGCCCCUCUCCGCCCCGCCGUGACGCGCCGUGACGCGCCGCCAUGCCGUUGGCCGCCCCGCCGCGCCGCGCCGGUUUGAACGCAACGGCCCCGGCCGCCGCCAUCUCAGCGGGGCCGGCGCCCUCCCGCCUGGGCUCCGCCAUCCCGGGCCGCUCCCCGCCUCGCCUCGCCGAGAUGGUGCGGGAGGAGGAGAAGGGCAUCCCCGUGCGGGUGGCGCUGCGCUGCCGGCCCCUGGUGCCGAAGGAGACGAGCGAGGGCUGCCAGAGCUGCCUGUCCUUCGUGCCCGGCGAGCCGCAGGUGGUGGUGGGCAGCGACAAGGCCUUCACGUACGACUACGUGUUCGACCCGGCCGUGGAGCAGGAGGAGGUCUUCAACACCGCCGUCGCCCCCCUCAUACGGGGCAUCUUCAAAGGGUAUAAUGCUACCGUCCUAGCCUAUGGACAGACAGGAUCUGGAAAGACGUAUUCUAUGGGAGGUGCCUACACUGCCAGUCAAGAGCACGAGCCAAGCGUGGGGGUCAUUCCUCGCGUAAUCAAGCUGCUAUUUCAGGAGAAGGAGCAGAGGCAGGACUGGGAAUUUGUCCUCAAAGUCUCCUAUUUGGAGAUCUACAAUGAGGAUAUUCUAGACCUGCUCUGCCCAUCAAGGGAACGGUCUUCUCAAAUCAGUAUACGGGAAGAUCCUAAAGAAGGCAUAAAGAUUGUAGGAUUGACAGAAAGAAAUGUCGCCUGUGCACAAGAUACUGUAUCCUGCCUAGAGCAAGGGAACAAUUCCAGAACGGUGGCUUCCACGGCAAUGAACUCCCAGUCUUCCCGGUCCCAUGCCAUCUUCACCAUUUGCAUCGAUCAGAAAAAGAAAAAUGACAAGAACAGCAGUUUUCACUCCAAGCUACACCUGGUUGAUCUUGCCGGCUCUGAGAGACAAAAGAAGACCAAGGCUGAGGGAGACCGACUAAAAGAAGGUAUCAACAUUAACAGAGGUCUCCUCUGCCUGGGAAAUGUAAUUAGUGCUCUAGGUGAUGAAAAUAAAAAGGGUGGUUUUGUCCCCUACAGAGACUCAAAGUUAACAAGACUGCUGCAAGAUUCUCUGGGUGGUAACAGCCACACUCUCAUGAUUGCCUGUGUUAGCCCAGCAGAUUCCAAUCUAGAAGAAACUCUGAAUACUCUGCGUUACGCUGACAGGGCAAGAAAAAUAAAAAACAAACCAAUUGUCAACGUUGAUCCCCAGGCGGCUGAGUUGCAUCACCUAAAGCAGCAGGUACAACAGCUACAGGUGUUGCUGCUGCAGGCCCAUGGAGGGACCCUCCCAGUGUCUAUCAAUAGUAUGGCACCUUCAGAGAAUCUGCAGUCCCUGAUGGAGAAGAACCAGUCACUAAUGGAGGAGAAUGAAAAGCUGAGCAGAGGGCUGAGUGAAGCUGCUGGUCAGACAGCACAGAUGUUGGAAAGGAUCAUUCUGACAGAACAAGAAAAUGAGAAGAUGAAUGCCAAACUAGAGCAACUUCAGCAACAUGCUGUAUGCAAGCUUGAUCUCCAGAAGCUGGUAGAGACCGUGGAAGAUGAGGAACUAAAAGAAAAUGUAGAGGUGAUUCGCAAUCUGCAGGAAGUGUUGGUUCAGUUGCAGAGUGAAAGCGCUGCCACAGUGGAAGCUGUUGCAGAGAUGGCAAGCUCUGAACAGGAUGCUAUAACUAAAGCAGAAAUGGGACAGGAUACCAAGAGGUCUUCAGAUGACUUCAGCACGCAACAUGCCCUCCGUCAAGCACAGAUGUCCAAAGAGCUGAUUGAACUGAAUAAAGCCCUGGCUCUGAAAGAAGCACUUGCCAAAAAAAUGACACAGAACGAUAGUCAGUUGGAGCCUAUUCAGUCCCAGUACCAGACUAACAUCAAGGAUUUGGAAUUAGAAGUCAGCAAUUUGCAAAAAGAAAAGGAGGAGCUGAUCCUUGCUCUGCACAUGGCAAAGAAGGAUGUCAACCAAGCCAAGCUGAGCGAACGGCGUCGGAAAAGACUUCAGGAGUUGGAAGGGCAAAUUAAUGAGCUGAAGAAAAAGCUGAAUGAACAAUCAAAGCUCUUAAAGCUGAAGGAAUCUACGGAACGCACUGUCUCCAAACUGAACCAGGAGAUCAGGGAAAUGAAAACCCAAAGGGUACAGUUGAUGCGCCAGAUGAAGGAUGAUGCUGAAAAAUUUAGGCAGUGGAAACAACAGAAGGACAAGGAAGUGAUCCAGCUGAAAGAACGGGAUCGCAAGAGGCAGUACGAGCUACUAAAGCUUGAACGAGACUUUCAGAAGCAGGCCAAUGUCCUUCGGCGCAAAACAGAAGAGGCUGCAGCUGCUAACAAGCGCCUAAAAGAUGCUUUGCAGAAACAACGGGAGGCUGCGGAUAAACGGAAGGAGAGUCAAAAUCGGGGAAUGGAAGGAGUUGCUGCACGAGUAAAGGGCUGGCUGGCAAAUGAAGUAGAGGUUCUCGUUAGUACUGAAGAGGCUCGACGGCACCUUGCAGACCUUCUGGAGGACAGAAAGAUUUUGGCACAGGAGCUCCUUCAGCUUAAAGAGAAAAAAGACUCUGGGGAAAACCCACCUCCAAAGCUCCGGAGGCGCACCUACUCCAUCACAGAUUUGCAGGCAUCAGAGGCAGACCUUUCUCUAUCAAAGCAGAUAGAAAGCCUGGAAACUGAGAUGGAGCUCAGGAGUGCCCAGAUAGCAGACCUACAGCAGAAACUGUUAGAUGCAGACAAUGGAGAUCGCGUGAAACAGCGUUGGGACAAUAUUGCAACAAUUCUUGAGGCUAAAUGUGCUUUGAAGUAUCUCCUUGCAGAGCUGGUCUCCUCCAAAGUGCAGGAAAGCAAGCUGGAGAGCAGCCUUCAGCAGAGUAAAGCUAGCUGUUCAGACAUGCAGAAGAUGCUGAUUGAAGAGCGAAACCACAUAACAGAAAUGGAGGCUGAAUUCCAAAAUCAGCUUUUGGUACAGGAACAACAACACCAGGAGAAGGUUCUGUACCUGCUUAGCCAAUUUCAGCAAAAAGAAGCAGCAGAGAAGAAACUGGAAGAUUCGUUAAAUGAGCAGGAGAAACAGCUGCAAGAGCGACUUAAGUUUCAGGAGGAAGAGCUGGAGAAAAUGAGGGAGAUCUGCGAGAAGAACCAAGAACUUCUCCAGGAAAAUGACACUCUUAAACAGAAAUUGCUGCUUCUCCAAGUUGCCAGUGGACAGAAGCUCCGUCGCAUUCAGCAAGGGCCGCCCGAGUCUCCAGAUUCUCCUUUUGAUUACAUUCCACCCAAACCAAAGACCCGCCGGCAAACAGUAACAAAACCCCGCGCACCAACCCCAGAAAUGGAUGUAGAAGAGCUUUUUUCUGACUCUGCGGAGUCUGGAGAGGAGAAGGAGGAUGCAGAAUGGGUUCCAAUAAAAGCAGUCAAAGGAACAAAGAAGAGCAUCAUGGGGUGCUCCUGCAAGGGCCGAUGUGGAAACAAACAGUGUGGCUGCAGGAGGCACAAGGUGGGCUGCACUGGAGGCUGUAACUGUGACUCAACAAAAUGCAGAAAUAGAGACCCUGGCUUUCCGGAUGCCACGGUGUGUGAGGACCAAACAAGGGACUCUGAAGGUUCCUUCAAACUAGAAGACCCUACUGAAGUGACUGCAGGAGAGACCUUCUUUCAGCCUGUGUGUAUUACCCCAACUACAAAGGUUCUGAAAGAUAUCACAGACCAAGAAGUGUUCAUGAAGAAGCCCAGCACUGCUGCUUCUGUGCUUGUGAUGGAUGAGGAGUCCCAAGAGAACCAGCUGCCGUUUGUGAAGAGAAAGAAGAGAAUGCUAAGUAGCAACACCAGCUUUUUCUCAGGUUGUACCCCUAUCAAAGAGGAAGCUGACUGAGCCACGACUGACAACUGGGUCAUGCUGCACUUCUUUACACCACAGAUGAGGGUGACUUUUUUUAAAGGAAAAAUAGUGUUGGGAACUCUUGCUGCAAACAGCUUGCACUGGAGACAUGUAGACUUGUCCAUUGUCCGGCCUGACAGCUGCAGGCAGCACCAAGGGAGUUGAACACUAGUUCUUGCUAGAUUGUGUCAAUUCUUUGUAAAUAUUUGUAUGUGUGGGGCUUGGGCAGAUGUCUUCUACGUGGAUGAUGGUGAGACUUUCCUCUUUGGAAUUUCUGGAGUGAGUGCAGAUGAUUUAUCCAGGUUGUUCAUUACAGCUGCCUUCCUCACCCUGAGCUGUGAAUGUGUCGGGUACAGAUAAUACAUGAUCUUGAAAGAACUUUGCAUUUGCACUGGAAAUCUUGGCUCUGUCUCUUCCAAUACAAUAUGAGGAACUGUUCUAAACUGCCAUGUGGGAUCCGCUGGUGCUUGAUUCUGAGGAGGCACUGUCUGCAGUCUUAAACUAGCUAGCAGAUAUGAAAUGCCAGUGUUCUUGUACCAUUUAGGGCACUGGUCUAUUCUUGUUUGAUGAAGUUAGAAACUUGCUAGCCUUAUGUGGACGUUUUAGUAAUUUUAAUUCGUUUUUGUAGCUUUAAUAAAGGAAAUACUUUGGAAAAAAAAAAAAAGGCCAAACAAAAAAAAAAAUGACCCUGUCUUUCUUUAUUGCCUGCGUGGUUCUUGGUACCCACUCCAGGAUCUCUGUGAUUAGUAUCUCUUAUUAAAAUUGGUUUCAGAACUAUUUUGUUGGUUGCUGUGUUCAGCUUUAGAAUUUUUCUGUUAUAUCUUAAAAAGUAGGCAGCCCGAUUUGUGUAAUGCUUUCUUUUCCUUUACAGCAUGAAGAAAAGUGAAACUGUUUGCCUUUUCCUAUGCUAAUUUCCUUUUCUCCAGUGGAAGCAUUGGAGAGAAUUGGUAAUAUUGGAGAGAAUUACCAUUGGUAAUGGUAACAACUGAGCUCUACCCCGUGUCUUGUGGAUGAGUGGUGCAUUAGCACUGUACCUUCCUGGAGCUUUGUGUGCUUUAGGUUUAUUUUUUGGGCUUGGUGCUGUAUUAACCAUGGCUAGGUGGCUUCUGGUCCGGUGCAAGCUGAGCAGGCUUCUCAGCCCAGGAGCUGUUCAGACAUGCCUUUAAUAAACAUCUAUGGGGAAGAGGAAGGUUUCUCCUAAACGAGGUUAGUAUCACAGUGAGUGAGCGCCAUGCCUCUCCCUUUGCUGUAGCUGUCGAUGACGGGUCAGGGCAGAGCUGGGCUCUGUGCAGGCCCUGGUGUGUUUGCAGCACGAGCGGGAUGAUGCAGGCCCUGCAAGUGUUCUGGUGGUAAAGCUGUGCUCAGGCUCGGGCUGUAGGUAAGUGCUGUCUGUGAAAACUGCCUGUAUGUGGCCUGCUCACCAGAGAGCUGUUAGGUGACAUCUCUGCUAGACUCUUUACUUUCCAGGUAAAAAGUCCUGGAUAGUUCAAGAUGCUUGUUUCAAAGUGAUUUAAACAAGCUUGUAAGUUGUGAGCCCUUGCAAGAGGGGAAAGGUGCUCAUCUCACCCCAUAAGCCGCCUUCCCAUCCUUGAUGCAGGGAUGUCGAGUGACUCAGGACUGGCUCAGAGCUGGAACAAAGACGGGACAAAGGAAACAUCUGUGCAGGUAUGAAAAAUGGUGUAUGAGACUGCAGAGAGAGUAUAAAAAUACGUAUGCGUGUGAAGAAAACCAGUGAAAAGAAAGCUUUAUUCAGCACUUCUUCAAGCAAAAACGACUGAAAAAUCAUGACAUAAUUAUGACGGAUACAUUCAGCAGCCUCAAAAGCUCACAGCAUACCUGGGAUCUCAAUGCACAACAGAAGCAUCUUCAAGUACCUGAAGCACCAAAUCAGACACCUGAAGUCAAGUUCAGAACAAUUUGCCCUUCACCGGAUCCCCCUUCAUGCCACGAUGACAGUGAGUUUACUCAAUUCACAUGUAAAAAUGGAAGCUUAACCAAAUGACAUCUGACAGAGAGAAAACUCUUUGGAAAUAAAUAA